AUGGUUAUCGAUCCCGACAUCAACCCCCUAUCUUUCCCCAUUCUGGACCUCUUGGACGCAUCUCUCAGCCUACUUCACGCGCUGCAGAGCGUCAGUACAGCCCAGCAACACUUCUUUGAUCCAUCCCAAAUCGAGCGGUGUCUGGAGGAACGGAGCAUUGCAACUCAGCUCGUGCAGCGCGAAAUUGUCAACCCACCCAAGGACGUGAUUCCCGUUUUCCUCACGGUCUUGAUGCUGGGUCUCUCCACAGCCUGGAUCGAAGGGCCUGUUACCCAAUUCGGUCUGCAGCAUCUCUAUGGCGCCCGCGCCUUUGUAGACAUCAUGCUGGCUGACAGCUCGUUGCCUGAGGAGAACCCAUCCGUCUUCGGUUUCACCAUCAGGGCUUACCUCUACUGGGACAUGGCAUGUGCCUUCCUCGUGGCAGAGGGCGUCCAGCAGCCAUCUAUCUAG